AUGGGCUCUCCGCCGGCCUUUGGCGCGCUGGGCGCAAUGUUCACCACGAUGAGGCUUCUGCAGGCAGUGUCGCUCAUCUCCAUCAUUGGCCUCACGGGCAACUUUGUUGCGGAGCUGGUCUCGAGUGAUUUCUCUACUCCGUCUGCCCUGGUUGGCACGCUGGUUGUUGCCUGUCUGGCUACGGUAUACAUCCUCAUCAGCUAUAUCCUCUACUGGGAUCACAUGCUCCCCCUUCUCGUCGCCACCGCAGCAGACACCCUCUGCUUCAUCGCCUCCAUCAUCGUAGCCUGCGUCCUCGGCAGGCCCGUAAGCUACCUCAACUGCAGCGCGUUCCCCAAAAAGGGCAACACAGGCAACUUCAUCUACUCGCUCUUCGCCAACGUCAAGCACGCCUCGUCCAAUACCUUCGAAUGGGUCGAUCCCAGCAAGGCGUCGUGCUAUGAAAUCAAGGCCAUCUGGGGCCUGUCCAUCGCAACAUCCAUCCUCUUCUUCAUGUCUGCCGUCGCCGCAAUCUGCCUGUGGAAGCGCGUCAAGGGAGGCGCAGACCGUCCGGCAAGCCGCAAGCCGAUGGACCUCGAAUGA